CGCAUAAACGAUGUUAGGAAAUAUCAAAACAAAAUGAAGAUGUUCUUUUAAGAAGAACUAUUUUGAUACUUUGAUUCCACCAGAGCUACGAUAUUUGCAUUGCUGUAAGUUGGCGUUAAGUAAUAUUGUCACUGAUAUCAUUAGGUGUGUCCAACAAUGGGGUAGGUCCCCAGAAACAUUCUGAGUUUUGAGGCUCUGACUUUUGAGGCUCUGGCUCGAAUUUAGAGCAGCCAAAAUAAUACAUGUUAAUAUACAAUCAAUGAGGCUCUAUAUCCCAUUUUUGACUUUAUAUCCCAUUGUUACGUGCGGUGGGGGGGGGUACCAUAAGACUUUAUAUCCCAUUGUUACGUGGAGUGGCCGGGGAGGGGGGGGAGGGUACCACACAACUUUAUAGCCCAUUGUUUCGCAGUGUUGGGAGAAGAUGAAAAGCAAAAUAGAAAAUCCUUCUCAGCAAAGAAGAAUAACAUCCAUUGGGGGCAAGAACAUUAAGGAGACAUCAAACCAGCCGGCAGUGCUUGCAACCGAUGACUUCAACAGCACGACCCAAAUGGAAAAAUGUGGGACUUGGAUUUCAUUCAUACUAAUGAUACUGUCAUGGCGGAUAAACUAAACACAGCAUCACGUGAUCUGCAAACUAAUAGGGCACCGGGUUGGGAUCAGACAGCCCCUGGUUGGGAUUAGACAGCACCUGGUUAGGAUCAGACAGCAACUGGCUGGGAUCAGACAGCACCUGGUUAGUAUCAGACGACAAUCGAUGGUACCGAUCUGGUUGGGAUUGGACAUCCUUGGAUUACGAUCAGAUGUCACUGACCAUAUCAAGAUCAGACAGUACCGGGUAACGAUCAAAUUGCCCCAGAAGUGUGCUUGAGGAAACGGCAACGGUGAGGGGACUACUAGCAGUGAGCAGUUCAAAUGUCAUCCAACAAACGGCAACGGUGAGGGGACUACUAGCAGUGAGCAGUUCAAAUGUCAUCCAACAAACGGCAACGGUGAGGGGACUACUAGCAGUGAGCAGUUCAAAUGUCAUCCAACAAACGGCACGGAGUGAGGUUGUUUUUUUUUUUAGCUUUAUAAUUUUUUUAUUUGGGGGUGGGGGGGUGAUGUUCAACUUUUAAAAAAAAGUUGGAAAGGUUUAAUACAUUUCGACAUGAUAUAAAAACUACAAUAAUAAAAAUUUGCAUCGACCGGGAAUCGAACCCGGGUCACCCGCGUGGCAGGCGAGUAUUCUACCACUAGACCACCGAUGCUUACAUGCUCGUAGCUAUUAAACUGCACAUGUCGGCCAUCGAUGAUAGAUUAAUUUCAUUAGGGCCACUGAAAAGUUUGAGAGGCACUGACUGAUGCGUUGUAACCCUGACUUAAUGCCACCCGUGGGGCGGACUCCCGAAAUCGCACCCCCCACACACUUAAAUUAUGAAUCGCGAUGAGUACCAAACUAAUUUUAGAAAUGUAAAAAGGUGUUUGUUGCCCGGGGCGGUUGCCAUCAUGGUCAUGUCCACUCCCCCCCCCCCCCCCCCUUUUUUUUUUGUCUUCGUCACUUGUAAUAAGGAAGAGAGACUGCCAUCACGUUAGGACGCGACAAAACAACGGAAGUGUCGGUGUAGGUCCUAAACGCAGACAAUUCUCUCAUCCGUCCUUCAACCGGUUAAACAGACCACUAAUGCCGAUGCCUUGAGGUCCCGUCCCGGUGAUCAAUGGUGAUCCGCAUCAAACUUGUUCGCAUGUCAUCCACACAUGCUCUUAGCCAAAACUGUUUCCUUAAAGUCUUUGUUGUACCGGUACUGUCAAUUGAUUCAAGUUUCAACUUCAACAUACAUUGUUCUUCUAUUUCAUUUACACAGCUUGAAUCCAGUGCUUCAAUUAUUUAUUUGUUUGAAACCCGUGCCAUUCUCCUCGCCGGUCCUAACACCCACAACAUUUUCUUAGCCCCGCUUCUCAUUGUGUUCAGACGAGACACGAAUCUACGAGAUCUCCUUGUGCGUAGACCUCCCCCCCCCCUUUUUUCCGCGCCGCCCCUCCCUCUUUGGAAUCAAGCCAUAAUGUGAACAACUGAUUCAGGCAUGACUUUCUUUUUCUCCUUCACUUGUUUAAACUUUUCUCCGCCGCUCCUUGUUGUGACAACCAAUCGCAGUGGACUUACUUUACCCCGCCCGCCCCCAACUGCCUUUCUUUACUCUCUGACACCUACUAAAUGUUUGAUCACAUUCCUCUUUCUGUCCUCUCGGAUGAUUCGUUGCAGCUAAGUAUUUAUCUUUAUCGUGUUUUUACUGUUGUUUGUUCGCCGAAGAAAGGUUUCUCGCCCACCGUUAGUUGUUUUGUUCCAUCCUUGUUGUCCCAUACCGGUACCCCACUCUGUUUUGUUGCAUCCUUGUUGUCCCAUACCGGUACCCCACUCUGUUUUGUUGCAUCCUUGUUGUCCCAUACCGGUACCCCACUCUGUUUUGUCGCAUCCUUGUUGUCCCAUACUAGUACUCUGUUUUGUUGCACCCUUGUUGUCCCAUACCGGUACCCCACUCUGUUUUGUCGCAUCCUUGUUGUCCCAUACCGGUACCCCACUCUGUUUUGUUGCAUCCUUGUUGUCCCAUACCGGUACCCCACUCUGUUUUGUUGCAUCCUUGUUGUCCCAUACCGGUACCCCACUCUGUUUUGUUGCAUCCUUGUUGUCCCAUACCGGUACCCCACUCUGUUUUGUUCCAUCCUUGUUGUCCCAUACCAGUACUCUGUUUCACUUAUUUCCUUUUCUGUUAGUCCCUGGCAGGACUUUGUUAAUCGACCAUUUGGUACAGUAAAUGGAUGUCGUGUGUUGCCCAUAAACGUCUCAUUGUCUAAUUGCCUUAUGGCUUGUUUUCCACUUUGAUCUGCAGCCCGUCUUGGAGGCUAGGAUCCGACCAUGGUGAAUCAGUUUCUAAGCCCGGUGACCAGCGAUGCUGAACAGUCCAAACUGAAGCCAGAUGGACCGUUUAUAUUCCACGAUCUCCUGAGGAGCAACGAUGAGAUCAAGGCGAACAAAGGGAGGAAUGUGCCAAUGUGGUGUAGGUGAUUGUGUGAGGGUGCGUGGGACGAACAAAAGGAGGAACGUACCAAUGUGGCGUAGGUCUUUGUGUGAGGGUGUGUGGGACGAACAAAGGUAGGACGUGCCAAUGUGGUGUAGGUUUUUGUGUGAGGGUGUGUGGGUAUGGUUGGAUCCGAAGGACGAUACCAUAAACUCUCUUUAUGUUGGGUGCGUGAGGUGUUCUGUGUGCGUGAGGUGUUCUGUGUGCGUGAGGUGUUCUGUGUGCGUGAGGUGUUCUGUGUGCGUGAGGUGUUCUGUGUGCGUGAGGUGUUCUGUGUGCGUGAGGUGUUCUGUGUGCGUGAGGUGUUCUGGGUGCCUGGGGUGUUGUGUGUGUGUGUGAGGUGUUCUGUGUGUGUGAGGUGCUCUGUGUGUGUGUGAUGUGCUCUGUGUGUGUGAGGUUUCAACGGAAACUCAAAUAAAUUAAUUGUGAUUAUGGGAUCACUGCAUUCGAGAAUUUCCGAAAACUUAUCGGGUGUUUGAGCCCCCACGACAAUCAGGUAUUUGCGUCUUACUACAAUCGGUUGUUAGAGAUCCGCCCCCCCCCCAAACAAGCGGGUGUUUGACCCCCCCCAACAAGCGGGUGUUUGACCCCCCCCCCACCACAAUGCCGCAUUUAGUCAUGAUGCUUUCUUCGAGGAUUAGGUUUGCCAGAGGGUCUAGCAAAGUCUUUUUAUGUAUCUUUCUUGAAAUCUUUUUCCAAGAGGCGACAUUGAAAUUUCUUUUGAGAAUCCCUAACGAACCCCCGUUAAAAUGAACACAUGUAAAAAAAAAAAUGAAUGACUCAACUUUCUUUUCUCUUCUUUUCCUUGUCUGUGCGGUAUCUAUAAAUAGGCAUCGCAAUGCAGUUCAAUGGCAUACCCCAGACAGGACUCCAUCUUUUUUGGUUGUCUGACGGAGUAACUCUCGUGGUUUCCUUCACUUGGGUGAGCCACUACUCGGGGUGUGCGGCUUUGUGUGAGUGUCAUUUUCUUGGGGAUGUCAGUCUGGUAUUGCUGGGGAUGUCUGUUUGGUAUUGAUAGGGAUGUCUGUUAGUUUGGUAUUGAUAGGGAUGUCUGUUAGUUUGAUGUUGUUAGUCGCUCAACAUUUGCCACAUAACAACUAAUACCAGUCCUCACGUCUUGUUAGUCGCUCAACAUUUGCCACAUUUUAUUUGAUUUCCAGACAAGGACAGACGCCCCACAAAGCAGGAUCUCAGUCCUUUGAGCCCAGAUUCCACUAAGACGUCACCGGACAGCCCACGGGCCACCCCGGACAAGGCAAUCUAUUCGGUACGGAAAGUUCUGACGAGUCACGAUAAUGAAAGACUCUAAACUGAUGCCCCCCCCCCCCCCCCCCAGCUCCCAAUCUAAAAGGACUGCCAACUGUCGAUAGAAGAAAAGUGGACAAGGACAAGGCAAUCUAUUCGGUACGGAAAGUUCUGACGAGUCACGAUAAGGAAAGACUCUAAACUGAUGCCCCCGCCCCCCCCCCCAGCUCCCAAUCUAAAAGGACUGCCAACUGUCGAUAGAAGAAAAGUGGACAUAAAAUAUGUGUCCAAAAAGUCCGAAGAAAUUUGAGGAUGUCUGUACAAAAUAGAAAAAAAAAAGGCGGGGGGGGAGGAGAGAGGGAAAAAAAGCUUAUCUGGGCGUUUCUAAAUUCUACCUGCUGGAUUGAAACUUAUGUCAACAGAAUCAGGGGAAACUGUUGAGAAAAGUGUUGAGUUUCCCCUGAUUCUGUUGACAAACACUUUUCAAACUAACUUAUGAUAGAGAUGUUUCCCUCAUGGUCAUACCAGAGAAUAGCUGAGACAUAAUCAAACUCAUAGCGAAAUAGAAUCACUGGAAUAUAAUCAAAUUCAUAGAAAAAUAGAAUCACUUGAAUAUAGUCAAAUUCAUAGAGAAAUAUAAUCACUGAAAUAUAAUCAAAUUCAUAGAGAAAUAGAAUCAUUUGAAUAUAAUCAAAUUCAUAGAGAAAUAGAAUCAUUUGAAUAUAAUCAAAUUCAUAGCGAAAUAUCAUCACUGGAACAUAAUCAAAUUCCUAGAAAAUUAGAAUCACUUAUUUAUAAUGAAAAUCAUAGAGAAAUAUAAACAUUGAGAUAUAAAAAAAAUCAUAGAGAAAUAGGAUCACUGAGACUUAAUCAAAUUCAUAGAGAAAAAAAAAUCAUAGCCAUAUGAAGAUUUGAAUUUUUUAUUUUUUUAAAAGUUAAGUGGUAUCAAAAUGACUAUUCUAAAAAUAUAUCUGUAUCAAAAUGACUAUUCUAAAAAUAUAUCUGUAUCAAAAUGACUAUUCUAAAAAUAUAUCUGUAUCAAAAUGACUAUUUUAAAAAUAUAUCUGUAUCAAAAUGACUAUUCUAAAAAUAUAUAUGUAUCAAAAUGACUAUUCUAAAAAUAUAUCUGUAUCAAAAUGACUAUUCUAAAAAUAUAUAUGUAUCAAAAUGACUAUUCUAAAAAUAUAUCUGUUUUAAAAUGACUAUUCUAAAAAUAUAUCUGUAUCAAAAUGACUAUUUUAAAAAUAUAUCUGUAUCAAAAUGACUAUUCUAAAAAUAUAUCUGUAUCAAAAUGACUAUUCUAAAAAUAUAUCUGUAUCAAAAUGACUAUUCUAAAAAUAUAUCUGUAUCAAAAUGACUAUUCUAAAAAUAUAUCUGUAUCAAAAUGACUAUUUUAAAAAUAUAUCUGUAUCAAAAUGACUAUUCUAAAAUAUAUCUGUAUCAAAAUGACUAUUCUAAAAAUAUAUCUGUAUAACAUUUAGAUAGUCCGUAAAAAUUGUGGAAUUUGCUGCAUUAGUCCGUAACAUUUUAUUUUAUUGAGUUGAAAAUCUUAUUCUAGACCCCCAUAGGAUACAACACCUUAGACACAGACACAAAUCUUAUUCUAGACCCCCAUAGGAUACACCACCUUAGACACAGACACAAAUCUUAUUCUAGACCCCCAUAGGAUACACCACCUUAGACACAGACACAAAUCUUAUUCUAGACCCCCAUAGGAUACAACACGUUAGACACAGACACAAAUCUUAUUCUAGACCCCCAUAGGAUACAACACCUUAGACACAGACACAAAUCUUAUUCUAGACCCCCAUAGGAUACACCACCUUAGACACAGACACAAAUCUUAUUCUAGACCCCCAUAGGAUACAACACCUUAGACACAGACACAAAUCUUAUUCUAGACCCCCAUAGGAUACACCACCUUAGACACAGACACAAAUCUUAUUCUAGACCCCCAUAGGAUACACCACCUUAGACACAGACACAAAUCUUAUUCUAGACCCCCAUAGGAUACAACACGUUAGACACAGACACAGACACAAAUCUUACGCUCAUUUUAGGAUUUAAAAAACACCCCCAAAAACACCCCCCAAAAAUCUUGAGUCAAUCUUCGGAGUUCUCUUCUCUUACUUAAGCUUCUGUAAAUGGGAGACCACACCAUCACACACUAUCCACACUUUUAGUGUACGCUAGUCGUGGUCAAUGACCUAUAAUUCUCUUGGUUAGCUACCACCCAUCCUGCAGAAAUAAAAGGCUUUAUUUCCAACUGCAUGACAGGAACACUGGCAGUUUGCAGAUAACUUACAGAGCAGGUUGUCCACGGUCUGGGGGGAUGAGCUGGACUCCCCGUCACCGUCCAAGCUCAACAACUUCGACAUGAAUGACCUGCCCCACAUGUCGCACAUGAGGAGCUUUCUACUCAUCGUCUGCUCGGUCUCGUUCUUUGUGGCUCCUCUGGUGUACAUGCCCCUCGGGACAGUCCAGGUAAUGGAAGGCUCGUUCUUUGUGGCUCCUCUGGUGUACAUGCCCCUCGGGAUGGUCCAGGUAAUGAAAGGUCCGUUCUUUGUGACUCCUCUGGUGUACAUGCCCCUCGGAAUGGUCCAGGUAAUGAAAGGCAAAUCCUUUUGGUACAGACAGGGUACUCCAAGAAAUCCCCUUUGAGACAAUUCAGGUUAUAACAAUGCCUUUUAGUAAAAUAUAGGAAUUCAAGGCAAUGUCUUUAGAGACCAUUCAGUUGAGUCCAGCCCAAUUUAUUUUGGACUGUCAAGUUCAUUCCAUACCAGGCUUCUUUGGACAGUCGAGGUUUAAAUUAUUCAAGCAAAUUCCACCCCACCCCCAAUAGGUCAUUAUAGCCACUGCCCCGAGAAAUCCAGCUAACUUAUAACCCCUGGGAAUGGCAGACAAUUUCAUUCAACACUUUUGAUCGGCCAAAGUAGUUACCCCAGAGGGAAACUCUCAGCUGGUGGGCAGAAAAAAAACGAUUUAAGUAUACGUUCUGUCUAAAAGCUUCACUCGAAUCCAUGGACCUUGACCUUGAUUCGCGGAAAUUUUCUAUGGAUCUAUGUAGACUCACUGUUCGAGAACAAGCUGGCCAGACAGACUCACUGUUGGAGCACACAAGCUGGCCAGAUGUUGGAGCACACAAGCUGGCCAGACAGACUCACUGUUGGAGCACACAAGUUGGCCAGAUGUUGGAGCACACAAGCUGGCCAGACAGACUCACUGUUGGAGCACACAACCUGGCCAGACAGACUCACUGUUGGAGCACACACGCUGGCCAGACAGACUCAUUGUUGGAGCACACAAGCUGGUCAGACAGACUCACUGUUGGAGCACACAAUCUGGUCAGAGAGACUCGGUGUUGGAGCACACAAUCUGGUCAGAGAGACUCGGUGUUGGAGCACACACGCUGGCCAGACAGACUCACUGUUGGAGCACACAAGCUGGUCAGACAGACUCACUGUUGGAGCACACAAUCUGGUCAGACAGACUCACUGUUGGAGCACACAAUCUGGUCAGACAGACUCACUGUUGGAGCACACAAGCUGGUCAGACAGACUCACUGUUGGAGCACACAAUCUGGUCAGAGAGACUCGGUGUUGGAGCACACACGCUGGCCAGACAGACUUACUGCCAUGUGUGUUUCUGGCCACACAAAGACAAAAAGACACACGAAAGAAAACCUUCUUAAACCUGUGUCACAUUAGUUCUGAUUGGACGUCAUAUUAUUUAGGUUUAUAAAUACUGUAAAUACAAGAGACAAGCUAGAAAACUGACAAUUUCUGCCCGGUGCCAACUGGCAUGAUAACAGAAUCAUUAACCCCCCCCCCCCCAACACUUUUUUUCUCUUCAAAGCUUUCUAUUUCUACCAACCCAUCCUUCUCGUCUUGCCUUCUUCCAGGCUUUCUAUUUNAGACAAGCUAGAAAACUGACAAUUUCUGCCCGGUGCCAACUGGCAUGAUAACAGAAUCAUUAACCCCCCCCCCCCAACACUUUUUUUCUCUUCAAAGCUUUCUAUUUCUACCAACCCAUCCUUCUCGUCUUGCCUUCUUCCAGGCUUUCUAUUUCGACCAACCCAUCCUCCUCAACUUGCCUUCUUCCAGGCUUUCUAUUUCGACCAACCCAUCCUUCUCGUCUUGUCUUCUUCCAGGCUUUCUAUUUCGACCAACCCAUCCUUCUCGUCUUGCCUUCUUCCAGGCUUUCUAUUUUGACCAACCCAUCCUUCUCAACCCAUCCUUCUCGUCUUGCCUUCUUCCAGGCUUUCUAUUUCGACCAACCCAUCCUUCUCAACCCAUCCUUCUCGUCUUGUCUUCUUCCAGGCUUUCUAUUUCGACCAACCCAUCCUUCUCAUCUUGUCUUCUUCCAGGCUUUCUAUUUCUACCAACCCAUCCUUCUCGUCUUGCCUUCUUCUAGGCUUUCUAUUUCGACCAACCCAUCCUUCUCGUCUUGUCUUCUUCCAGGCUUUCUAUUUCGACCAACCCAUCCUUCUCAACCCAUCCUUCUCGUCUUGUCUUCUUCCAGGCCGCGUACAACCAGAAGUGCUUCCUGUACACCAAGAUCAAACUCAUCUUCACCAUCCGGGCACUCAAUGAGUCCGAACACGAGUACAAACUCCUCAC